CCGGUUCCGCAGUCACUUCCUGCAGCUGUUUCCUUGUGGGUCUGGUUGCACUGACUUUGGAGUCAUCCUUUAGCUGCGGAGGGGCUCGGUGGGACCGGCUGAGAAAGUUGCGCUGAGGAAGGCGGGGUUGAGCCCGGCCGAGCUAGGCGCGCUGGGAAGACGGCAACGUAGCCCACACUCAGAUUCCCGGUGCGUCCCGGCGGUUCCGAAUUGAAGACCCAGCUUCUCCUCACACGUUGGAUUAUGCCCAAGGCUUUUCUACCCAAUGAUUCUCUUGCAACACGCCGGGCUUCCUCUGCCUAAGCGGCCCUCAUCCUCUCUUCCUAUGUCAGUGGCCGCCAGGUCUACAGGAACCUUGCAGCAUUUGCCGCAGAAGCCUUUUGGGCAGGAGGCUUCCAUACCUCUGGCAGGGGAAGAAGAAUUACCUAAGGGAGGUGAGCAAGACUCUGCCCUGGAGGAGCUCUGUAAGCCCCUAUACUGCAAACUCUGCAAUGUCACCUUGAACUCAGCACAGCAAGCCCAGGCUCAUUAUCAGGGUAAAAAUCAUGGUAAGAAACUCAGAAAUUACUACGCAGCGAACAGCUGUCCUCCUCCUGCCAGAAUGAGCAAUGCGGUAGAACCUGUGGCCACUCCAGCUGCUCCUGUCCCUCCGCAGAUGGGCUCCUUUAAGCCAGGAGGCAGAGUGAUCCUGGCCACAGAGAACGAUUACUGCAAGCUCUGUGAUGCCUCCUUCAGUUCUCCCGCGGUGGCUCAGGCUCACUAUCAAGGGAAGAAUCAUGCCAAGAGGCUGCGGCUGGCGGAAGCUCAGAGUAACUCAUUCUCGGAAUCCUCAGAGGCAGGUCAGCGGCGGACCCGGAAAGAAGGGAAUGAAUAUAAAAUGAUGCCUAAUAGGAGAAAUACGUACACGGUACAGAAUAAUUCAGGAGGUCCUUACUUCAAUCGUCGCUCUCGGCAGAGAAUUCCGCGUGAUCUGGCCAUGUGCGUCACUCCAAGUGGCCAGUUUUACUGCUCAAUGUGUAAUGUUGGGGCUGGCGAAGAGGUGGAAUUCCGGCAUCAUUUAGAGAGCAAGCAACAUAAAAGCAAGGUGUCUGAACAGCGGUACAGGAAUGAGAUGGAGAAUCUGGGCUAUGUAUAGUGAUUGUUGUAUUCCAAUAGAGCAGCUCAUCCUGCCUGUUUGCCUUCUGUCAACAUGCCCUGCUUUGUGGUCCUUUUGAUAUGAGUACAUUCCUCUGCUUAAUGUUAAUACAUGUAACCUGCAGUGGUACAGUGAGAUGUCAAAACUGGGGAAGGAUGAGAACGUGCUUCUUAGGUCAUGAUGCUUUUUCAGGUCAGUUGUGUUGAGUUACUUAGACCAUGUGACCUCUACACCCCAUGAGAAAUAAUGGUUUAUCUCGACCAUUCUGGUCAAUUAGCAGCCUGACCACUUAGAGCUUUAACUAUUUAACAAUCUCAUCUUCUUUUGCAAUUUUAGUUUUAUGUACUCUUAAGUAAAAGGUUUUAUGAGUCCUUCAGAUCACAGUAAAAACAGGUAAGCAGAGAUUUCAGUUUCCCAAGGCUUCUUUGGAAUCACCACCUCUACUCAGUGUCUUGUUGGUGGGGUAUAUUCUAUUAUAAACAACAUUUGGGUCUUCUCCAGGACAUUUUCCCUGUUAUCAUGUCUUCCCAUUAUUGAGAUGAAGGUUUUCUUGGACUCAGACACUUCUGGUGUGCACUUCCAAACAGUGAAACUUAAUUUCCAGUUAUGGAUUUCACAUAUUUAAAUGCCACCUUCUUUCCUCUCCACUCCCUCCCCACCCAGCUGAAUUAACUUGUCUAAUAAGCUUAUUUUCAUGCCCCAGCUAUGUUGUGGAAUUUCCAAGCUCCACAUUUGAAUAUCCAAUGAAUUUAAGAUAGAUAGGAUAUUUUUUAAAAAAAAUAUUUUUCAGCUGGUUUUAGAAAAUGUAAAGAUGUGUUUGAUUUUUCAGUUUAGAGUUACUUCAUUGAUAGUGACUUGUUACUUCCACGAUGGUCUCAAUCAUAAGUUUAGAUCUCUGGAUUUUUGGUUUGGCAGACUUUGUAGAUAAACUGAUCCUUCCAUUUAACUCAUAUUCACCUCUGUAUUACUGGUUUGCUGGCUAUUCUGAAAAAUACCACUUACUUUACUGUUUCAUAGAUAGAGAAGAAUUUUUAAAAAGUUAAUCAAAUUUCAGUAUCAUCAUUUCUAGUAGAAAAAUACAUGAACUUUGAUUUCAUUCUUUCUAAUUCAGCUUUCUUGAAGAUAAUAGAGAUACAGAAAUAUGUUAUAGAUUACUUGAUAUUUGAUAAUGACAACAGUGUUAUUAGUUUUGUAUUUUGUUUUUAAAAUAAAGCUCUAGUGUAUGUCUAGAUUAACUAAUGGAGUACUCUAUGAACUUUCAUUAACUGUACUUUAUCUACUUAUAUUUACAUGGAUAAGACCGGUGCUCAUCCAUACUUCUUUUGAAAGGCCACAUGGAAGUUUAUAUUGAGAAGUAUCUUUGCACUAUGGUCAGUUCACACUUGAUUGCUUAUAUUACUAAUUAAGAAAAUAACCAAACUCCUGGCUUUUUCUUGAGAAUUCUAUAUGCAAAGAAAUGGGGACGAGGAAAAUUAUAAUCGUCAUUCCUUUUCUUUAAUUCUUCCAAAUGAUGUUUGAACAAUCUAGACCCAUAUUUAAAAUUUAGUUUUAUGAUUAACCUCUGGUACAAUAUCAAGUCACUCUUCCGUUGAAGUGAUAGUUUUUGAAAAGAAUUAUUAUUUAAUAUUUUUUUCUCCUAGAAACAGAAGAAUAAGAUAACAUUUGGUUGAAAUUCUAUCCAGACCCAUAACUUUUUGUAUAAUAAUGCUUUGUGCAGUUAUCUAUAAAAUAGAGUUGAUUAGUUUAGGGCAAUUUAGAGCUUAUUUUAUUCAUCAGUAGGUUAUUCAUUUUGCUGCUAAGUAAUUCUGUGGUAGAUUUUGAUAUUACAGUGCUGGCCACUGGUUCUGUGAUUAUUUAAAAAUCCCAUCUUCCCUUCUCUUUGUAUGUGUAUUUAUAUACACACAUACAUAAAACUAUAGAUAAAUACUUUUAUGUGAUAUCAUAGAGAAGAUUUCAUUGAAUUCUUAUCUCAGAUAACAGUAAAUGAUUGUGGAUAAGAAUUUGUAUUUUGUAAAAGUGACAUUCAUCCAUUUUCAAUUUUUUCCUUUGCAAGUAAAAUAAAAUUAAAGGAAGGGUUUCCUCAUUUUCCCCACUUAAUUUCAUUAUACAUACAAAGAGGAGUGGAUUUAAGGCCUUGAUGUUUUUUCUGGCCUUGUGUAUUCAGGUUUCCAGUCUCCCAGUGCCCUUAAUGGACUUUAUGAAUGCAUAAACGCAUUUUCUUUUAAGGAAAAAAAGAUUUAUAGUGUUAUUUCUUACUUGCUAUAUUUCUUUGCACUAAAAAAGAGCUAUGUGUUUGUUUUAUAUGAUACUUUAGAUACCAUAUUGCCUAUUCUGUUUACUCCUUAAUUUCUAAACUCUAGGAAGUUGAUGAAUAACUUCUGUGAUCACUUAUAGAGGUGACAUACACAUCUUCCUUAAAAAGCCCCUACAAAUCUCUGUGACAGUGGUGUGCCCUGGGUUUGUUGCUUCCUAAUAUUCUGUGUUCCACAGGUGAAAAAAAGGGUGACAGAAGCUGUCAUAAAGGAAAUGCCUAAAAAUCCAUCUCUGUAUGGUACAGUAUCUCAUGUCAUGCAUUCCUUACAGACAGUGUUUUUCCCGGUCAGAGAAGGUUGUCGUUACUACUGCAGCCAGUGAUAUGUGCUCUCCAUUGAUUUCAUUUUGUGAAGUCCAGUCCUGCUCUGUAGUGUGCUCUAGAGUUUGUACCUUGAGCUCCCCAGGAAUCACGAUAGUAUCUUUUACAGGCGGUAUAUAAGGGCAGACUGAGGCCUAAACAAUGGAAAACCUGCGGUUAAUUAAAUUAAGUAGAUUUCGGUAAUCAUCUGCAAGAAGACCUCGUGGCAUCGAAGUCUCUUUUCUCUGUGAAUAUCUGUGUAAGUUUUCUUUCAAAGUCGAUGUUAGAAGAUGACAGAAACUUUAGUAAGAUAUUGAGGGCAAGAAGUUUUAAAGGAAAAAUUCCAUGCUCCAUGCUCCAAUUAAAAGAUUGGAUUGCGUUUGCAUUUGAAGUGUUUUAUUUCUUCCCAAAAAGUUAAGGUACAAAAUGUGUGUGCCAUGCAAUCCUUUUGACUCCACUUUGAACAGAAAAUACUUUGUUGGUCUUUGUAUACCACAUGCUGCAACUUGUAAAUACGUGCAUGUCGUUUACUACAUUUGUUUGCCUGUCUCUUGCUGCACUGAAAUCUGUAAGUGAAUACUUUUUUAAAUACCAUCCAUUUUGAAAAGUUCCUUCUCCAACUCCAUGCUAUUUUCCCCUUUAAUGUGCUGAUACACUUAGAAAACCAUUUAGGUUUUAGAAACCCUGAGAUUGAGUGGAGAAUUGUGCCUGAGAUCAUUCUUCUGUCCCUCUGACUUGAACAGCUAAAGGAAGCAUGAGAUCUUCCAUUUAUUUUGCAGGGCUGUUCUGUGACACUGGUAAUACUUGCUAUAGCUACCUAGCCACACUUUGAACAAGGAUAAAAUGUGUAUAUAUAUAAAUCUUCCUCUGUAGAUAGAUUUUAAGGAUUAGCUGUGGGAUUUAUGAUUCCUUCACUCCUGAAUUGGCUGGAACGUUGAGCAGUGACAGCUUGAGGAUUGCCCAGUGGCCUAUGGAAAGUGAGUUUGCUUAUGCCAGGGGGACAUGUAAUUGUCCCUCUCAGUACCUCCGCAGAGCGGCCCAGGAAUGGUGGAUUUGGAGCCUAACCUAUCUUGUUUCCUCAGUCUCAGAACUUAGGCUGUAAGUACUCUGUAAAGAACUUGGUGAGGCAUGUAAGGACAAUAGAGCUGCUUUUGAAAUAGAGAAAUGUUUUGUCAAUGUAGGCAAAAGUUUAAUACAGGCUGUUGAAGAGAUGUCUAAAAAUAUUCUACCUUACUAACUUUGUUUUGAUCAGCCAAAUCACUAUUCAGGAGUUUCAUACAUAGUGUUUUGUUGUUGCUUUUAGUUUUGGGGUUUGUUUGUUUUUUUUUUGGCGGUGGAUCCUUACUAUUGUGAGUGAUUACCAGCAAACUAACAGAAUGGACAAAGAGUUGUGUAAAUAGCUUCCCAUAUGACAUUACUUCCGAUAGCUCUUUUGACUUUUUCUUCCCAUUAUGAAUGAGAGGAUCAUUUGUAAACUCCCUUUCUGGGCAGGUACCAAAAACCAAAAAAUACUGGCUUAUGGUCCCAUGUGACCUUGUCUCUAUUAAGCCCAGAAUAUGAGUGCCUUUAGCAAGUUUUAGCAUUUCACAGAGAGAAGAGAUGAUAGAAUUAUUGCCAUUAAUCACAGUUCAUUAAACCCAGGAGCUUAGAAUAGCAAAGGUCUAUGUGAAUUCUGUGUUCUACAUUUUUUUUCUUAAUGCAGGCUCAAUUUGAUAUUGAGUAAAACUGUUACUUGUACUGAUCAGAAACCAUACACCCCAAAAAUGAAUUAAGUGUUCUAGGGUGGCAGCAGUCAUAGAGUACUUUCCACCUUUACGUUACAUUUACAUUUGGUGAACAGUGGUGUGUGGAUUGGGAAGAGCUUGACACUGAAUUUGGAAAAGCCUCAUCCCAUGUUGUUUUUCAAAAUCAGUCUCUGUAAAGGGGAGGGAAUUAUGUAUUGAAAAUGAAGUGUGGGAAGAGAUGGUCAUGCACAAUAAAUAUUAAUUGUGGUACUUAGUUUCUACAUUUAAAAAAGCACCUUCACAAAUCCGAUCUGAGGCCUUUUACAACAAAAUUUUCCUUAUUUCAAAAAAUUUUUUAAAUUCCAAAUUGCUAAGUAUUUUGAAUCUUUAAAACACACUACUAAAUUAAUUUCAUUGUAGAAACUUAACAUUUUAUUGUGGAAAUUUUCAAACAUCAGAGUUGAAAAAAUUUUACAGUAUAUCCACCACUGGAUUCUAUAGUCAGUAUUUCACUGUGCUGGUACUACUACAUAUCUGCCCAUCCCCUCUGUUCAUCCAUCUACCCACAGUUUAUUUUAAAUACACACUUCAGUGUAAAUUUCAGACAAUACAUUUCCCUUAAACACUUCAGCAUAGGUAUCAUUAACUAGAGUUUUGUGCUUGUUUAAAUAUCAGUAUCUUUUUAAAGUCAGUGUCUCAGUCUUAAAUUUAGAUCAUGUGUUUAUUGACUCAUGAAGUUGAUAACCUCAGCCAAUUGAGCACACGCUUUUUCUCCUGUGGACUUCAGCCUUCUGCCAGUUUCUGCGUUUGUACGUGCUUAGAAUGAGGGAAGACAAUGCUUUUCAAACUGAAGUCUUCUUGUGUUGGACAUUGUAAAUGCUUAGUUGUCAUAUAUUUUAAAGUUUCAUGGUAAGAUUUCUCCCUUAUCCCUCUUGUUAUGAUGUAUUUUUGCUGAACUAUGCAGCUUUAGAAAAUUGUGAGUUCCUCAUUGGGGUUUGUGAAAUCAGCCUAUACCUCAUUUCAACCUGCUGCUGUUUCUGUCAUGUCAUCACAUUUCCUUCACACUUCCACCCAUUCUGCCAGAAAGUACAGAGUCAGACUGUAGACGAUUAGCUGUUUUAAAAACUCUAGGGGAGCAGAUUAAGUAGUUUAGAAAGUUAAAACCAUGAAUUUAUAUAAAGCCUCUGAGUUCCCUGAGAAUGGAAUUGCCCAUGCUUCCUCUAGCCAUAAUUAGCAGGAUCAAAAAUGAUUGUACUGCACAGUGAAUUGUUGAGAUUGUGAGCCUUAGUAACAUCUUUAGCUUUACUCUAGUACUGCCUGGAGAAAAUUUUUUUUGACAUAUGCCUUCAUCAUGCCAAUUUUUUUUUGUGGGAAAAAUGGUAGGUGACUUGCUCCAGGGCAUGAAGGUGGAAUGGAUAGGUCGGAAUUGAAACUUCAGUGUUCUUGACUCAUAUUCUUGUGCUAGUUUGGUAAGAUUUAUGGCUUCUAAAUAACACUUCCUUUGGGGCCCUGAAGAUGAAAAUAUGUAUUUUUACUAAUUAGACUUUAUAUUUAGGCAUUCCAUGACUUUUUGAACUUAAAGAACUUUUUCAUGGUCAUAUUUCCUCAUUAAGCCAAUGAAAUUGCUAAAAAUAUCACUUCACUGUUGAAUACUAACUAAUGCAGGUUUUAUCAGAUUUAUUUUUGCAUUUCAAUGACUUUCAUGAUUCAUUCAUAACUCUUUCUAUGUAAGUGCUUAAGUGACCCCCUCACUAGUGAAAAUGAAUGUUCUCUAUCACUGAUUAUAUGUAUAUUCUCUACAUGAUCUAUUUUUUAAAGGAAAAGUAACCCCAAUGUGUCAGAAUGAAUGAUAUUAUCCUAGGGCAAAGAACAUAUAAAGUUUAUUUCUAGUCUUCGAAUCUGGCAUUCACAGGAACAAAACUCAGAGUGGCUGGUCAUUGUUUGCCUUCUUUUGCUACUUCAGCCUUUCUGUGGUUUUGUAAAUUCGUGAGUCAUCUUAUGAGAAUUUCGUGUUGAUUCUGUGUAAUUGGUGUUCACCUUGUGGUAUCCUUGGCUGCCCACAGCAGUUUAAUUUGGGUGUGGUGUGUCUGCUUUGAAAUGCCUUACUAGAGUAUGUCAGACUCUGCUCUAAAGCAUUCCACGUAUCUGCUAGGACAAUAUGUUGCCUCUCUUGGAUGUAUGCUCUUAGAUCCAGAAGCAAAAAUGACUUUGCUUUCACUGUUAAGGUUGCAUUUUAGUGGUUAUUAUUUUAAAUUAGAGAAUAAAAUCAUGGAAAACCAAUGGAGACUUUAGAAUCCUUCAUUUAAUGGCAUGGCAAGCUUGUAAAAACAGUUUUUGCUAUUUUACUAGAACAGUGUCUCUGGUAAAGGAUAUAGCUAAAAAAAAAAUGCCAGCCAGAACUGUGUGAAAUUGGAGUUGUUUCCUUAAAUUAUUUCUAAAUGUCCUGCAGGAGUUUAACAUCUGUGUAUGCUAUUGGGGCUAAGUGCCAGUCACUGCUUUGGAAAUGUUUCUGUUUUGGGGCUACAGAAAUGACAAAAAAUGUCAUGGGGUUUAAACCAAUCAACUGUGAAUUGUGAAAUUGAAAUUGCUCCUUUGGUUUUGUUUUCUUCUGUAUAUUGAAUAUAGAAAUCAAAAAGUUAUUUAAAAUUUAUACUGCUUAUGUUGAUGGCUCAUUUUGGCUGUGUAUCCUCACUAUGUACUGAUUUCUGAUAAAGGCUUGACAUUGUUAUAAUGGGCAUUUUGUGUUCAAUUUAAUAAAACAGUUUCCGAGUCUUGUC